AUGCCAAAGCUCAGCAAGAACGUCCCGCAUGGGGAUCCCAUUUCUCCCUAUUUAUUCUUAAUUGUUGCUGAAGGACUGUCUUUGUUGAUUCAGGAUAGUGAAAAUAGGGGCCUUUUGCAUGGGUGUUGCGCGAAAGUUGGUUGCCCCCGGGUUUCUCACCUUUUCUUUGCAGAUGAUUCCUUACUAUUUUUUGAUGGUACAGUGGAGGAAGCUAUACGGAUUAAGCAAAUUCUUGGUGUUUAUGAGAAGGCUUCAGGUCAGGCUAUAAAUUUUGAUAAAUCUGGUAUCAUGUUUAGUCCGUGUGUGUCUGAGGAAAACUGGUUGACCAUCUCUGGUAUACUUGAUGUUCAUCUUCCUUUGGGUAGCGGUAAUUAUUUGGGGUUACCAUCUCUUAUUGGCCGUAGUAAAAAGCAAAUUUUUUCUUUCUUGAGGGAUCGCAUUUGGAAACGUAUUAGUAGUUGGAGUAAUCGUUUUCUUUCUCGUGCAGGCAGAGAAGUAUUAAUUAAAUCUGUAUUACAGGCAAUUCCAACAUAUUGCAUGAAUGUUUUUUUAUUACCUGUUUCCACUUGCCGACAGCUACAGGUCAUGAUGAAUAAAUUUUGGUGGGGUGGUUGUCGUGAGGAUGGGAGAGGGAUGAAUUGGCUCUCGUUGUAA